CCUCCUUCCUUUGACCCUCGCUUCAGCUCCUUGGCCACUCGCGCCCACCGCCAGCCACACUUCCAGCUUCCUCUCUGCCUCUCGCUGCCGCCCAAUUGCUCCGCACCCGUCCUCGUUACAUCGCCUCUGCUGUCCGUCGCACAUCGUCAUACCUGGGCAUCCCAUCGCCAUGGCAGGUCCCGGGGAGGCCGCCUCGUACCACGGCGGCGCAAACACCGACCGAGGCUACUACAAUAACAACAACAAUAACAACUACUACCAGCCCCAGCAGAACCAGUAUCAACCGCCACCACCACCAAACUAUGGCCAGCAGCCCUACCAGAAGCAGGAGCAGUACGCGAUGCCCCAAUACCAGCAGCCCCAGGGCCCUCCCCCGCCCCAGCAGUCCGCGCCCUACAACAACGGCGGGUACAGCAACGGCGCCGGCUACGGCGAGAAGCCAAUGUUCGACCAGGUCUUCAAGAUUGAGAAGCCCAAGUGGAACGACCUCUGGGCCGGCAUCCUGUUCCUGCUCUUCGUAUCCGGCUUCGUCGUCGUCUCGGCCAUCUCCCUCCAGGGAUACUCUUCGUCCCGUGGCCUGCAAGGAGGCGGCAUCUACGGUGGCAACAACACCGUCGGCCUCAACACCAACACUAUCGUCCUCUUCAUGUUCGUUCUCGUCAUCGCAGCAGUUCUUAGCUAUCUCUAUGUCUGGGUCGCUCGCCUCUUCCCGAAGCAAUUCAUAUGGGUUACUGGUAUUCUGAACAUCGUCUUUGGUCUCGUCACCGCGAUCUGGAUGCUGAUCCGCAAGAACUACUCCGGUGGCAUCGUGUUCCUCAUCUUCGUCGUCUUCCUGGCUUUCUGCUUCUACACAUGGAUCCCUCGCAUCCCAUUCAGCGCGCUCAUGCUCAAGACUGCCAUCGACGUCUCCAAGAACUAUGGCCAUGUCUACCUCGUCAGCGCACUCGGCGGUCUGGUCGCUGUGGCGCUUGCCGCAUGGUAUUCGAUCACAUUCGUAUCGAUAUACACGAAAUACCAACCAGGACAACCGGCUUGCAGUGAGGGGGCGGGCGGUUGUUCAAGCGGCAAGGUCAUUGGCUUGCUUGUCUUCAUCACCUUCACCAUGUACUGGAUCUCCGAGUGGCUCAAGAACACGAUUCACGUCACCAUCUCCGGCGUCUACGGGUCCUGGUACUUCCACCCGCAGAACCCGCCCAAGGGUGCCACUCGUGGUGCUCUCAAGAGAGCUCUCACGUAUAGCUUCGGCUCUAUCAGUCUCGGCUCGCUCCUUGUCGCCAUCAUCAACUUCCUCCGCCAGCUCUGUUCGAUUGCGCAGCGCAACGAGGCCGCCGAGGGCGACAUCAUCAGUACCAUCUUCUUUUGCUGCCUUGGCUGCCUCAUUUCGAUUCUGCAGUGGGCUGUGGAAUUCCUCAAUCGCUACGCGUUCUCCUACAUUGCUUUGUACGGCAAGUCGUACUUUGCCGCCGCCAAGGACACUUGGACGAUGAUCAAAGAUCGGGGUAUCGAUGCUCUGGUGAAUGAAUGCCUCAUCGGACCUGUUCUCACCUUCGGCGCUACUUUUGUUGCUUAUGCGUGCGCUCUGCUCGCUUACCUGUACCUGCUGUUCACGAACCCCGGAUACAACGCCAGCGGCGGUUACACUCCUGUCAUUGUCGCCUUCGCGUUCCUCAUUGGCCUCCAAAUCUGCCACAUUUUCACUACUCCGAUCAGCUCUGGUAUCGACACCAUCUUUGUUGCAGCUGCUUGGGACCCCCAGACCUUGAUGAACAACCACCCAGAGUUGUACCACGCUAUGGUACAGGUUUACCCUCAGGUCCAGCAGGCUAUUCACGCCUAAUCACCAAUGCCAAGUCCCACAUUCUUCUGAAUCGGGAAAAGCAUUGACCUCAUAAUUGGCGUUUCGGCACCAGUUUGGCUUGUGGAACACAAGAUACACGUCAUUAAUACCCUUUCUCUGUAAAACUCGAAAACGCUUUCCGACCCGCGGCAGCUGCGCUUCUCCAAGGUCGUAUCAAUAGAAAUAAUUGAGUAAUUACCAUUGAGGCUCCAGGGACCAUGCCUGGCGCUAUAACCUGGCUCUGGACCCUUCAAUAAGAAUCCCUGAAAGACAAUUCACAGCGGACAAAUAAGCAAGUGCCUCGCAUUCGCGCCGCAGAAGAGGAUCCGUCGAUCAUGAUGAGC